GUCCGCGCGACUUGCCAUUAUGGAUCAACCGCCCGUUGUUGCAGAGGCCGUCAACCAGCUGAGCAUGUUAUCAUUGUUCAAGCUGUUGUUCAUGGAUCUGUGCUUCGCCGCAAUCAUCGAGCUCGUCUUUGGCGGAUUCGUCGCUCCCAUGGAUCUCCCAGCUUCCUUUGCCGAUUGGCGUGGUGAACCCUGCUUCGUAUGCGUCGUUAUUGGUCUCCUUCUGGCUCAACUCAUCGCGUCCGCCCACGGAGCCUUGGACAAGAAACCGUCUUUCCUGGGCAGCCAGAAUGCUGGAAUGGCUUCGAACAACCGCCUCGUUCUUUUCGAGCCUCGCAAUCGUCACCAGAUUCAUGCACACUUUCCUGCCUCUACCGUGAAGGUCGACGGCUCAGCCGUUAUCCUAGCUCACGCAAUCACGGCCGCGCUGAUGAGCUUCCUUCUCCAGUCUCUCGAAACCGAUCCCUUCCACAUGGUCAUCUUUGCCAUCACGCAAGCACCCGGCGCAGCCGUGGUCUCGUUUAUCGCCUCCACAUCAACCAUAUAUCCUACCUCCUGCGACCUCGAGGGAGCAGUUCGCAUCUGGAUUGCGACCUCAAUCUUGGCCUCCGAUCAGCCAAAGAGGCUGCUCACCUAUGAGCAAAGAGACCAUCAACAAGCUCGGCGCUCCUGCAUAAACAUCCUUUCUCAAAUCCCCGCGUGCUUCCCUAAGUUCGCUUCAGCUCUCAUACUUCAUCCUGGCAAUGCAUGGCGGAAACCCAUGCUUCAUUAUCAAGAGAGAAUGGCAAGGACCGCAAAACACCCAGGAUCCAAAACGGUAGUGAAUCAGAUGGUUCAAACCCGACCUACUGUUCCCUGCAUUGAGAAUCACCCCGACGCCAUCCAAUCGCCUUCCUCUCCCACAAAUAUGUCUCUACACGAUAUCUAUCUCACUGUUGUCAUUCCUGCGGUUCCGACUUGCGAAUCAAUCAACAAGCCGGCUGCUGCGACACUCAGGAACGUUUCAUCCAAAGAGCAACAGGCUCUAUUUACGCAGGACUUGGAGUCCACCAGGCCGCCUACAAAGGGUCAGCUAUCCGACCGCAGAAAAAAGAUCGUUAAGGUUGUGGAUACUACACGCAAGAAUACGAGCGGCGUUUCUGUCACGACGGAUGCGAAAUCCAUGCCCAAGGAAACUUCCACGGUCAGGGUCUUGCGCACCUCCCAGACCGCGCGGAACCCCAUCUCGUUGAGCAGUCCCAGCUUGGCUAGCACUUCCAUUACCUCGAGCUCCAGCAGUGUCUCCGACUCAGCGACUUCCGAGGGCUCGGUCACGUUUCCGUCCUUCACCAUUGCUGCACCUCCCCAAACUGCAAGCUCUAUGACACCUACUUCACGUGGGAGAAAACGCAGCGUCGCUGAAAUCGACGAUGAUGAAGAGCCUGAUAUACUGUUAGACGCAGGAGGGGAUGUCCUCAUGGAUGAAUACAAGGAACCGGACGUCAUUCCCUCUCCGGAGAAGAAGUACCGUCUAUCAUGCGGGAAGGCCGUUCCUUCGUCGUCUUCUGUUUCGCCUCCUAACUCACCGGUAAAGCUACGACCGAGCUUCUGCUGGGAGAUCGCGCAUUCACCGCUGUCUUGGGGAGGUUGUGGACAGCAAUCGCAUGGCCAGCCUCUUUGGGGGAUCGUGCGCUUUUGAAGUUUGUAUGCCUGGUUCAACUUUCGAUGUAUGUUGUAGGUGAGCGCUGCUGACCCGCAAUGA